AAUAGAGUCAAAAAACAACGCAAACAAGUUAACGUAAAUAAAUAUUUUAACAUUUAUUUGAUUUUUUCUUCGUUUGAUUUUUUCAACAACAAAACAAGCAAAGUUUGUUUCACACUUGUGUUUUUUCAAGAGUUACUUUAAAAAAUUAUUCAGAGAAAACACAUCGCGUGCGAUCGCGGAUUUCAAAAUUUCGUUUCGAUUUUACGACAUUAACGCAGCUGUCAGAACUGGAAAAACGUCGUAGAUACAAAUCGACGCUCCGAGAUCGGCGGGAGAUAAAGAGCGGUAUUUUUGUGGCGUUACUCAACGCGAGCUUAUUAUCGGUAGUUAGCAAGUAAUUAACGAAAUGAAUUGCCUCGAGGACUUUUGGAUUUUUAUCGCUAAACUAACAACAAUCUUAAAUUAGAGUCGGUAUCUUCGAUAUAUUUCUUGAAAAACAAUCCAGACAGCGUGUGCGCGAGCGAGAGUUCUUCGCGCGAUCAUCCUUUGAUCUUAGUGUUAUUUUUUUUUAUUGUACUAAUUUAAAUUGAUCAGUUUCGAAGAUACAAUAUCUUUGAUUUUUUGUGCAAAAGUUUUUCUGCGCCAUAUCUUCGUUGCACACACGUCUACAAAGACGCGACUCGUUAUCGCGUCGCAGAAUUAAUAUUAAGAAAACGUCUUCGGUAUUCCAACAUGACUACCGAAAGUAACAAGGGUCCUCCGAGCACCAUAACGCUCGCUUUUUCAGUAAUCACGCAUUUUCUGCUAUUGGCUCCCGUGUUGUACAUUCUGGUACUUGCGUUUGGAAACUACAGCUUCUUCGCUUGGCAUCCGAUUUGCAUGUCCGUGGGGGUUGGUCUUCUGAUCACAGAGGCCGUCUUCAGCAUCUCCGGUGAGGCGUACAUCGCGUCGAAGUUAGCCAGGCGUAACAGAGUGACGAUACACUGGAUUCUGCACACGAUAGGCCUGGCCCUAAUCGGGAUCGGUUUCGUCAUCAUCAUCGUCAACAAAGUGAACAUGAACAAUAGCCAUUUCGCUACGCCUCACUCGCAGCUGGGCCUGGUGACGAUCGUACUCUCCGUUCUGACCGCGACUUUCGGAAUCCUCGCGAAGAACACGGUGUGGGUGUAUCCACGUGUGAGACCGAUAUUGAUCAAAGUCGCUCACGCUUGCGGCGGCAUCGGCAUCACCAUUCUCCUGUUGGCCACACUCAUAACCGGGACCUACACCAGGUGGUGGCCCGGAAACACCACCGGGAGAGACUUGACCUUCGCGUCGUUAUUUUUCGCGGGUUUCUUGAUACUCAUAAAACCGGUGCUAGGCGCUAUUUCGAGGUGCAGAGUCGCGUUCGGACCGCCUUCGACCGAUUCGUAAAACGCCGAGUGCAAGAGUCGUCCGUUUUUCCAAAAAGUAAGCGCACGAGAGAUGAAGAACUCGUACGAAAACGUUUGUUUGUCCUCAAAUUGAUGAGAUCGUUUAAUUAAAACGUCCCGCUCUCGACGCAAUACUCGCGGAAGUAACAUCGCACAAAAGUAAGAAGAAGCCAAAGAUACGACGAAACUAACUUUUCUAUACGAACGUAACGUCGCUGCAGCGAUGUGCAAUAAUUGUCGUCUCUCGCAUUAAGAAACAAUGAAGGGAGAAUCAAGGUUUGUUGUCUCUAAAAAAAAAAAAAAAAAAAA